AUGUACAAACCUAUUAGUAAUUUUAGUGGUAAUAAAACUUCAAUUUGUAGCCAAGUAGAAGCGGGAAAAAUUAUAGCUGACAAAUUAUAUUGUUGUGCUAAAGAUAAUAAGAAUUGUUCUCUUUCAUCUGACUGCGUUGGCAGCAAUUAUCAAGUAGCCAAAUGCCAUAAUCUCAAUACACUUGAUGCUUGUAAACGAACUGAUUUGGCUGCAAUCCAAGUCUGUGGUGGUUUGAAAAACAGUUUAUUUUGUUUGUCUGUAGAUGCUGUGGCAAAGGAAAAUGAAUCAGACUAUUACCGCUUUCCCAAAGCUUCUGAAUGGAUGGUGAAUCGCACUACUGAAGCUGAAACCAAUAUCAUCACGGUUUGUGAUGAUGGAACUAGUUACCGUCCAUGUAAUACUAGUAAUCCUAUCGGAACUAUUGCUAAUCUGACUUGUGGUGAUUUAUUUCAAAAUGAACAUCGAUGUCAAUGGCGCAAUAUCACUAAUGGCCAAAUACUCGCAGACAUUCCCCGAAAACCUCCUGCAAUCAUUGGAUUAGCUGCUGGUAUGGGAGUUCUGGGAUUAAUAUCUAUUACUUUAGUAGUUUUCUUUAUUAGCAAAUGGCGAAGGAGAAAAGAAGAGAGUCCUCCUUCCGAUGGGUUAGCCUUUAGUAAAUAG